UUCCCGCCUCUUCCGGGGGUGCUGCUGGGAGUUGUAGUAGGGGGCAGCGAGAAGAUGGCGUCUAAGUUGCACGUUGUGCUGCGACCGGUGAAGAGUAUCGUGGUCCGCUUCUGCCCCUUCGAGUCCAACGUGGAGAGCACGAGAAACUUUCUUGGAUGUAUAAACCAUAAAAAAAUCCAGGCCACUAACAGAAACUGUGAAGUGACUGCCGAUGUGAGACAUGAUGGAUCCGAACCUCUUGUAGAUGUUAUGUUUGUUGAUGGAGAUCGACUGAUAAUGAAGGGAGCCAACCUGACGACAGCAGAAAUGUUAACAGCAUUGGGGACCAGGUGUAAGGCAAAAGAGAUUAAGGAAGAACAGAAAAGCAAGAAGAAGAAUCCCUGAGGAAUGGAAAAACAACUGUGUUUGCAUUUACAUGUGUUAAAAACAGUAGGCUGAACAGAAGGCUUUUCUCCUGUGCAACGAAAUCUGCAAGAGAGAAAUGGCCAAACAUUGACCAGUUUAACACACAGCAGAACGAAGUGUUUAGAGCAUAGUGGAUCAGCAAAUCUUCGAACACUAGUGGGUCAGCAUGUCUUAAGAUGUAUGAAUGCAUCUUUGUAAGCAGCUGCCUCUGUCAUCUGCACGUUGGACUAAUAUCAUGUGUGUUUGCAUAUAAAUGUGAAUUAUGCAUAUUAGCUAUUAAUAUUACAGUGAAGACGGAUCUCUGGACAUUAUUUCCUCAAAAUUUCUGUACAGCGAACGCAAAAUAUUAUUGGAGUGGUUAUUAUUUUUUGAAAUUAUUAAAUACAAAUGUUUGAAGACAACCUUGAAAGUAUUUAUCGUUGACUUAGCUGAGGGACACCAAGCUGCACGUACAGAGUAGAUUUUGUAAUACUGUGUUUAUAAUACCUCUGUUGCUAAGUCCCUGCCAUUUUCUUCCUCUCUUUUGUAAGAAAGUCUGAGAUUUGCUAAAUUUAGCUCCUCAAUUAACGUAACCAGGUAAUGGGGCUGUGAACACACAGUAGAGCGACUCAUCCUGCAUAAAAGUAGCAAAGUUUAGCUUAAGGGGAAAGGUAGGUUGAUUUUUUUGAUAAUUGGAGAAAAGGGCUAUCUUUGAAGUUCAGUUUUGUAAUAUUUUUUGUCACUUUUGGGAGAUUUUUUUAAUAUUUUAUAAAGAUCAAAGGGAAAGCUUUAUUUGCUGUUUAUAGCCCUAUGCCCAACCCUAUUAUUUAUUAAAGUAAAUGCUUGGGUGUCUCAUCUGUGUUGCAAAGCUCUGUGGGUUUGGGAGGGUUGAUCUCUCCUCAGGCUGUGCAGGUGAAGGUGUCAACUGUACACGUAUUUCAUGUGCAUCAGUUUUGUUCUAGUUCAAUUCACAAUGAAAAUGUAAUUCAAGUUCCAGUUUUGAGAAUUGCAGGUGAAGGACUGUUGAGAGGCAUUAGUUCUACCUGUUGUUAAUCAGAUGCCUGACUUCUAUAAAUCUGUAGUAUGUGUAUUUCCAAAGGGGGCACAAAUCUGAAAUUAGUUUUGCCUUUUGCCAAGAUUUCUGAAUGGAUGCUGUCCUUUCUGAAAGCAGCAUUGUUUUAAAUAGCACUGUCAAGGUAGUUCAUUGCAGUGUCCUCACCAGGAUGCUGAAGUCAAUGCAACAUGGUAGAGAAGCAGAGCUGUGCUAAAGACAUUCGAUGAUAUUUUAUGCAGGCCUCCUGUGUGUUUACAACAAACAGAAGAGAGAGAUCAGAUGAUGGAGGCAGAUGGGUCAAUGAAGUUUUGAUGUGGGAACAACAGAUGUGAGUGGCUUGGUUAGGGAUGAACACCUUCUCUGCAGUCUGUUACCUGUUUUUUAUAUUAGGCCACCAACUCUUCCAAGUGGUUUCAGAGUGCUGAGCUCCUGAACCUGCUACUGAGGUCCCUUCUAGUGAAGGAGUUACAAUAGCAUCUGAAAGUGAGAGGAUUUUAAAUCCUGUCAAGCUGGAAGAGUAUCCUAGAAAGUAGACCAAACAGAAAUAAGGUGGGUCGAAGGACAGUUUGGGGUUUGGUUUUGUUUUGUUUUGUUUUGUUUUGCUUUCCUCAGUUUAAAAGAACAUCAUAUAGCAUGGCUUUAGUUGAAGUAGCCUUACAGGGAAAGUGAGAAGUGUUCAAGUGGAAAAACACUGCAGAAUUAUACAUUCCCUUGUUAAUGAGGUAUUCAUAUGCUCAAAAGCCCUCUUAUUGUAAUAUAUCAGUGAUUUUUGCAACUUUUUUUCCUUUGACAGUUUUUACAAUGGUAUCAGUAUGUAAAACUUAGGUUUUAAUGUGAAGCACUUUCAUCCAUCUUAAAUAAUUAGCCAUUUGUAAGUACUUAAAGAGUAAAAUAGGGAUUAAGCAAUAUUAAGUGUUUAUAGUGUAUAGCAAUAAUAAGUUUCUAUAGCCCACGACUGUGAUUUAUAUUUAAGAAGAGAAAAGGGAGAAAAAUAAGAUCCUAGUUCAGGCUUUUUAUAGCCAAAAUAAAUCCUUUCCACUGUUCAAGAAAGGAGUUGUUUUGAGUUUCUUUUUUUUCUUUACUCCUGCUGUGUAAAGACAAGCUCUAGCUGGGUUCUUUCAUUUUAACUCAGAGAUGCCCAGUCUUUUUGCUUGGGUUAGGCCAAGGGCCUGUAUCGUAGCUGUCGAGAGAUGACUGACGAUUCAGUGGACAAAGUGUUGGCUGAUGCUACUUUUGGUGCAUGUGCUAGUAGCUGAAACUUGCAGUGGUAAAACUCCAAUGUUUUGUGCAUGAAACAGAAAUAAUGACUAGGAUUUGAAUAUGUAAAGUAGAAAGGAAAACAUACAGGAUAAAAAAAUAAAGCUAAAACCAUUCACUCUUGAGACUACAAGAUACUGAAGUGAUAUAAACAAGCAAUAUGGGCAAAGAGGUAAUCCUCUGGUGAUUAUUAUGCUAAUAUGUAGAAAAUUGCUCUUCCUGUACCACGUAGAUAAAAGUAUGAAUUAAUUUUUCAAGUAUGCUAACGAUAAUCUUUAAUGAAUUUCUUCCCUAAGCAUUUAGAUAACUUUGCUGCAAGCUGUUCAUAUGGUGUCAAUUUCUGCUGCUGUUUGACUGAAACAAAGCCAAGUGACCUGCUGCUCUGACACUUCCUGACAAGCACAGUCUGGGGCUGUGGAUGUAGAGGGUAUUAAGGUCAGUCACGCAGAAC